UUAAUCAAUAGUUUUGUAAUUACCAUUUGAUUUUUUAUUGUUCACAAAUCAAAUCUUUUUUUUUUUAUUAAAUAUUCGCAUCAAUGUGGAAUCCACGCUCUCUCGUAUCUUUCUCAAAUUCCCAAUAAAUUCCUUUGAUUUUUCAUUUUUCUCUUCUCAAUUCCAUGCUUUCCAAACUAAUUUUCAUUUAGAAGAAGAAAAAAAAAUUCUUUCGUCAGAUGACGAUCGAGGAGUUGGAUGACGUGGAGAAUGAACGGGGGGACGACGGCGUUUAUGGCUUGAAGCAGCAGCAGAUAGUUAGAGUCGGCGAUGCGAAGAGAGUUCUAGUCGGAGCGGGUGCUCGGAUCCUGUUUUACCCGACCCUUUUAUACAAUGUCUUCCGAAACAAAAUCCAAUCUGAAUUCAGAUGGUGGGACGAAGUUGACCAGUUUCUUUUGUUGGGGGCGGUUCCUUUUCCCAAGGAUGUUCGACGGUUGAAGCAGUUGGGCGUUUGUGGGGUCAUCACUCUCAAUGAGCCUUUUGAAACUCUGGUUUCCACUUCCUUGUAUCGUGCUAAUGGAAUUGAUCACCUAGUAAUUCCAACGAGAGAUUAUUUAUUUGCUCCUUCAAUUUCAGAUAUCGGCAGAGCAGUGGACUUCAUUCAUAAGAAUGCAUCUUGUGGUAGAACUACCUAUGUACAUUGUAAAGCUGGACGGGGAAGGAGUACCACCAUUGUGCUUUGCUACUUGGUAGAGCAUAAGCAGAUGACACCUGCAAGUGCCCUUGAAUAUGUUCGGUCUCGAAGACCUCGAGUUUUGCUUGCCCCCUCACAGUGGAAGGCAGUUCUAGAAUAUAGCAGGCAUCGGCAACCAGCAACCAUACACUCUCCUUCAUUGGAUGCAGUUAUGAUUACAAAAGCAGAUCUUGAAGGCUAUCAUAGUACUGAUAUUACUGAUAGUAGAUGAAGUUUCCAGGCUGAAGUGUUUGGACACUUACUCCAAAUGCCAAGAUCCUUUGCACGAACCAGUCUCAGGCAGCAAUUGUUUUGAAAAGGAUUUGAAAGGAGCUUUAGCAAUAAGAUAGCUGUGGGGCAUGCAGGGCCACACACAAAAACAAAUCGAUGCAGACCAUUACUUCAAGCAUUAGUCCCUGCCUACCGUUACAAAGAAGAUCCUAUUUCCUGUUUUAUACGAUCAGGAACCUGUUCCAAGAGUCUUAAACAUAGGAAAGAAGGAAACUUCAUCAUGGUCAGAUAGGAGUAUAUGUUUAGGAUAUGUUGGUUUGUCAGCCAUCCCUAACAAGAAGGAUAUGCCACCCGCUAUACGGACGAAAGAACCCAAACAAGUCUUUAUUAAAGGAAGCUACUCCAAGGUAUACGACAAAAUUUGAUAAUUUUUGGCUGGCAACCAUUCGCCACAAAAUGAUACCAUCUUCAGUCUGCUUCCCCUAUUUAUAAUUUGUGCUGAUUAUAAGCUUAGAUAACUUACCUUCUUGUUACUCUUUCCAAAAUCCAAUUCCAAAAGGAGAGAUGUUUACCUACAUGUACUGCACUUUUUUUUAAAGACUUGUUUGGUGCAAAAACACAUUAAUUACAGAAGUACUCCCAAAAGUCAUUUUGAUACUGAUUGAAUGGAUUCCUGUUCAUCUUUACAUACAUUUUCAACAGCCAAAUAACGGAAUUAUGCGCAACAGGCCUGCAUGUCUUCGAUUAAGUUAUUCUAUGCAUGAAAUGCUCACCAAACUUUCCUUACUACAACCAAGCUUAA